ACUUCCGAAUUUUGUAUGAUUUCAUUAUUAUUUUGUUUAAUUUACUGUAUUUGAUAUCUGAAUUCUCGUUAAUCUCUAAAUUUCGAUGUUAAUCUGAUCACUGGAUACAAAUUAAGGAUAUUGAUGAUGGGUUUUAUUGCAUAUUGAUUAAUAAAUGUUUUUCGUAAGCGAAAUUGAUCAACUUUUUGAUGGUACGACACAAUUUUGUCAAAUUAAAAUUGUUAAAGGAAGAGUUCAUGAUGUAUUUGAAGGAUUCGUUGACCCAAUGAAGUAAUUAUGUAUGAUUUCAUUAUUAUUUUUUUUGUUUAAUUUACUGUAUUUUAUCGCUGGAUUCCAGUUAAUUUCUAAUGUUAAUCUGAUAACUGGUUACAAAUUAAGGAUAUUGAUGAUGGGUUUAAUGAAUAUUGAUUAAUAAUUGUUUUUCGUAAGCGAAUUUGAUGAACUUUUAGAUGUUAUGACACAAUUUUGUCAAAUUGAAAUUGUAUGAGGAAGAGUUCAUGACAUAAUUGAAGGAAUCGUUGACCCAUUGAAGUAAUUAUGUUGAUCUGAUUACAUAAAUUGAAAUAAUUAGUUUUUGGGAACUAGGCAUUAGGUCAAAAGUUUUAUUAGAUGAAAGGGAAUGAGAUACCUGUUGAUUAAGAUGAGAUAGCAGAUAGGUAUUGAAGCUAAAACAAGCCUUUGUUUUUUAAGCUUGCACAUUGAAGUUAUGAGAUGUCUCGCAAAUAUGUUGAUAUUAUUUUGAGGUUUGUGUUAUACUAGCUCUGUUUCACAAUAGAUGUAACGUUUCUGUUUGCACUAAAACCGAUGAAGUGGGUAAAUGGUACCCGGAGUAGUAUAUUUACUCGAUUUCUUGCACUCGAUGCAGAAAAGAAGGAUGACUUGUAUAGUUCAAUAAGAUGGUUUUUCAAGGAAGUGAGCAUAAGCUAUGUAUCACUUAGCAAGGUGCAAUGUUUGGUGAACCUGUUAGUUCUGCUGAUGGUGAAAUUAAAGUGAGUUUUGGUUAUCAGUGUGCUCGAAAGAAGGCCAUCUGUGAAGAUUCCGAUGGAUAUGAAAUCGUUCCUAAGGCUCGGCUUAGAAGAACUAGCAGAUCUUUCUCCUGUCUUUCUGGUGCUGCAUUAAGUGCUAACACUACAUUAGCAAACACAAACAUCUGCAACGGCAUAAUAGGCUCAGAGAUACUGCCGAGUUGGGACUCACCUAAUUCAUUCCGCAGGAUUCCAUCUUCUCCAUCACUUUCUUCAAAAGUGGAUAUAUUGUCAUCUUCUCUCCAGAGUACUUUGUCAAAUUUGAGUGUUAGUCCAUCUUCUCUAGGAGAAUCGCCUGAAAGUGACUCAUAUCUUAAGUUCAUGAGUGCUCCAUCCCCAAAAGAAGGCUUUCUCAACGCUGUGGAAGUGCAAGUUGCUGGUGGAGCUGCAGGUGAAGAUAGGGUUAUUGCUGUUUGCUCUGAAGAAGAUGGAUGGCUCUUUUGUGGGGUUUAUGAUGGGUUCAAUGGGAGAGAUGCAGCUGAUUUCCUAGCUGGGACAUUAUAUGAUACUUUUCUAAUGAACUUCAACUUAUUUAAUUGGGAUAAUAAAGAUGAUAUAGCUGAAGUAUCUAAUUGUUUUGCUUCAGAUGAGUUGUUCCAGAAUGUGCUAGAUGAUGACAAUACUUCUAGAUUUGGGAAAAAGAUAUUAAGAAUAGGUGGUAGAAAGGAUGUCAACUUUGAUGCUUCAAGUCACAGUUGUAAUACCGAGAUAGACACAUCAUCAGAUUUUUUUAAAAAAGGGGUGCUAGAGUGUCUCCAACGCGCUCUUAAUCAAGCUGAGAUUGACUUCCUGUCCAUGGUUGAGCAGGAUAUGGAAGACCGCCCUGAUCUCGUUUCUGUUGGAUCUUGUGUUUUGGUUGCACUGCUUGUUGGGAAAGAUUUGUAUACAAUGAAUUUAGGUGAUAGUAGAGUUGUUGUUGCUACACAGAGCAGUGGCUGUGAUGUUGGAGAGACUAUAAAUUUAAAAGCAAUCCAACUUACUGAUAUUCAUACUACUGACAAUGAAGUUGAGAGAUCUAAACUUGUAUCAAAUCAUCGUGAUGAUCCUUCAACAAUUACUGCAGGGAAAGUGAAAGGAAAGCUGAAGGUCACUCGUGCAUUUGGUGUUGGUUACUUGAAGAAGAAAGUAUUGAAUGAUGCAUUGAUGGGAAUUCUCAGAGUUCGAAAUUUGAUAAGUCCUCCUUAUGUCUCCACAAGUCCUUCUAUCAACGUUCACAGAAUCUCAAGAUCAGAUCGCUUUGUUGUACUUGGCAGUGAUGGUUUGUUUGACUUUUUUACCAAUGAAGAAGUCGUUAGACUGGUGCAUUUGUUCAUAUUGAAAAAUCCUUCGGGUGAUCCAGCAAAGUUUCUGCUGGAACAACUUGUCAUUAGAGCUGCAGAUUGUGCAGGAUUCAGCAUGGAAGAGCUCUUGAAUAUUCCACCAGGAAGGAGGAGAAAAUAUCACGAUGAUGUGACUGUAAUUGUGAUCAUCCUAGGACAAAAUCCACGCACUUUAAAAGCUUCAACAUGUUUGUGAGUUUCAUGUACGAGUUUCAUCCUAUAACUGUAUAUAUAAAUUUUGAAUGAUUCAUCAGCCCUCCUAGUUUUGGAGGAAAUUUUGUUUCGGAGUGCUGGAACGAUAGAAGACUGAAUUGUCUUUCCCCCUUUUCCUGGGUCCAUGACCAGAAAAAUUUUAGUGUCCAUGUGUAAUGAUGAUGAUGAUAAUGAUAAUGUAGGUAGGUUUUCUCUUAUGAUUUUUGGAGGAUCAGCUCGGUAAAUAUUUGAUUUUCACUUCUUUGCAGCAUUUUGGAA